GGCGGGACCGGCGCUCCCCGCGCAGCAGCUCCGAUGUCGGCGCAGGAGCCGCCCCGGCCGCCCCCGGCCGAGCCCCCGGAGCCCGAGCCCGGCGGGCGGUACGAGGCGGUGGUUCCGCACUGGUUCUACUGCAAGGUCGCGGACUCGCGGGAGCGGUGGGUCCCCUUCAGCGCGCAGGACUCGGAGCGGCUGGAGGAGGCGCACGGCGCAGGGAAGGACCAGGAAGAUGUGGUUGUCCCGACCUCGGGGGGCAGGUACGACGUGCACCUGAAGCAGCGGCAGCGCGUGGCCGUGUACUGGCAGGAGGAGGUGUCCGAAGUGCGUCGCUGCACCUGGUUUUACAAGGGAGACAAGGACAAUAAGUAUAUUCCCUACUCGGAGUCCUUCAGCGAGGAGCUGGAGGAAGCUUACAUGAUUGCCGUGACCCUGGAUGAGUGGAAGAAGAAGCUGGAGUCCCCCAGCAGAGAAGUUAUUAUCCUGCACAACCCAAAGCUGAUGGUGCACUACCAUCCUGUCGCCAGCUCCGACGACUGGGUCUCCACUCCCACGGAACAAGGUCGACCCCGGACUGUGAAGAGAGGAGUGGAGAACAUUGCUGUGGAGAUCCCCAACGGAGAGCCCCUGCAGAUCGACCACCUGGUGUUCGUGGUGCACGGGAUCGGCCCCGCCUGCGACAUCCGCUUCCGCAGCAUCGUGCAGUGCGUGAAUGACUUCAGGAACGUGUCCCUGAGCAUGCUGCAGGCACACUUCAGGAAGGCCCAGGAGCAGCAGCAGGUCGGCCGGGUGGAGUUCCUGCCCGUGAACUGGCACAGCUCCCUCCACUCCACCGGCGUGGACGUUGACCUGGAGCGGAUCACACUGCCCAGCAUCAACCGCCUGCGUCACUUCAUCAACGACACCAUCCUGGACGUGUUCUUCUACAACAGCUCCACCUACUGCCAGACCAUCGUGGACACAGUGGCCUCGGAGAUGAACCGCCUGCACCAGCUCUUCAUGCAGAGGAACCCACUCUUCAAGGGGGGGGUCUCCAUCGCGGGGCACAGCCUGGGGUCACUCAUCCUGUUUGAUCUCCUGACGAACCAGAAGGCUGACCCCGAGGAGGAGGAGCACAGGGCACAGGGGUCUAGGACAACCUCAAGCAAUGGGGGUAUUAAGGAAGUAAAAGAAAUUCUGAAGAAUCUGGAGCUGUCUGAGUAUUGUGAUGUUUUUGAGAAGGAGAAAAUGGACAGGCAAGCACUGUUCUUGUGCACAGAGAACAACCUUAAAGAAAUGGGAAUUCCCUUAGGACCAAGAAUGAAGAUACUCCAUUACAUCAGCUCCAAGGCAGACACACAGGAUCAGAGCUCAGCAGCUCCCAGGCACGGCGAGGAGCACAGAGCUGAGCUGGGGUCCCCGUCACAGCACGACCCAGAGAGCACAGAGGAUGUCAGGACCUGCCAGUACAGGGACGUUGGCCUAGGACAGGUCUCAGCAAACUACCCCCAGCUGAACUACAAGCCCACCAUCUUCUUUGCCUUCGGGUCUCCCAUCGGGAUGUUCCUCACAGUGCGAGGAGUGAAGCGCAUCGACCCGAACUACAGCCUGCCCACCUGCAAAGGCUUUUUCAACAUCUUCCACCCCUUUGACCCCGUUGCCUAUCGGAUCGAGCCCAUGAUCGUCCCAGACCUGGAGUUCGAGCCCAUGCUGCUGCCCCACCACAAGGGCAGGAAGAGGAUGCACCUCGAGCUGAAGGAAGGGCUGACACGCAUGAGCGUGGACCUGAAGAACAACUUGCUGGGGUCGCUGAGGGUGGCCUGGCAGUCCUUCACCCGCGCCCCAGUGCCAGCCCUGGAGGCCAGGAGCACCGACGCCGAAGCAGAGCCAGAGGCUGGCACGGAGAAGCAGCCAGACACAAAGCCAGAGGAGCCCCCUGCAGCAGUGAAGGAAGAGGCCCCCCUCAUUAACGUGGGGAGGCUGAACGGGGGGAACCGCAUCGACUACGUGCUGCAGGAGAAGCCAAUAGAGAGCUUCAACGAGUAUCUGUUUGCACUCCAAGGGCAUCUCUGCUACUGGGAGUCAGAGGACACGGUUCUGCUGGUUCUGAAGGAGAUCUACCAGACACAAGGCAUCACACUGGAUCAGCCUUUGCAAGGAAGCCAGUGACCAACCUGUGCUGUUCUGGCUGUAAGUCACCUUUGCCUAAACCCCUUCCUGGUUUCCUAGGACAUCUCAGAGGAGAUCUGGUUUGUCUGAGGGAACAAUAUCCCUUAUCUAAGGCAGGGAACUUGUGUCAGAUUUUUUCUUUGGCCUGUCAGCACCUUUGGCUUCUUUCCUGUUCCCUGCAUAUGACCACCACCAGCCAAGAGGAGAGAACCAAGGAGGGUCCAGGAGACUGUGCUGGGUGGAUUCUGGCUGCCUCACUUGCAGCUAUUCCUGUGUCCUCCUUUUGCUUUCUUAGAUCCAAUUCCACUGAGUACUCACCAGGAAAGUCCAGAUCUCUUCUCUGCCUUCCUCUCUCCUCUACUGCCGUGUCCUGCAUGCUGCUUCCCAAGUACUUGCUGCUACCUGGAGAUAAGGAUGGAUUUUCCUCCAUUUUGGGUAGGGGUGGUGGGGGGUAAAACUAUCAAGGGAAAACACUUCUGCUCGAACACACACAGAACCCGCAUGGUGACUCCCUGUGGCAACGUGUACUCUUAACCCUCCACCCUGUGAGCCCCCUCACCAGCUCCUCCAGCACUGCAGCACACGAGCUGUCCAGGCUCAGAACCCACCGAGGGGCUGACCCUGCUCCUGGCUCAGUGAGGACACUCACAGCCCGGGACCUUGAGGAGCAAAAAGCCUUAACCACGCAGCCUGGAGGGAGCUGCAGCAGCCUUGGAGCAGGGGAGAUUGCUGACUGCUCACACAGAGCACCUGGCACCAGGACUGCCAGGGCCCGGGCUGCUGCUGAGCCAGCAGGAUCUGUUCACCAGCCCCCCUCAUCUGCACUGCUGCUGCAUGUUUGUGCACCCCUGGGCCGUGCCGGGUGCCCCAUAAAGCACGUGGUGAGGGCGGCAUGCUCGUGCUCCUGCCUGCUGUGCUGUCUUGGUAGUGACGUCCCACCACCCUCGCCCAGCCCACGCUGGCAAACCAGGGGCCUCCCCCCGGUGCUGACCACGCCAGUGCCCAGCUGUACCUGAGGAAAGCUCCACCUCCAGUCAGACUGCAGCCAGGCUGGGGACAGCAGCUGCUCCUGGGCAGUCUGGAGGCCUGGGCCAGCCCUCAGUGCCCUGCAGGGACACGGAGCAGCGCUGCUGGCCCGGGGGCUCUCAGGUGGCCACAGGGAUCUUGCGCCCGCCACGCUCCAGUCGUUGUUUUUAGCUUUAAAUGUACAAAAUACAGCCAGCAAAGUCGGAGCCCAGAUCCACAGGGUCUGGGCACGGCAGCAGUGACACCAGCUCUGCAGGCAGCUCAGUCUGCAGCUGCCUUGGAGCUCUGCUCCGAGAGGGACAGGGCCAGAGAGCCCCUGUGCUCCCUCCCUGGCCACCAAACCCCCCGAGCUGGCUCAGUGCCUGGGCUGGGGCUCCAGUGCUGUGUGAAGUGUUGCUGUGCAGCCUUUAGAAGAGCCAAACCACUUUCCCUCCCGCUGACUUUUGCCCUGCAUGGGGUAAGGAGCCUUUUCCCCCAACAGCCUGUUGGUUUGUUUUUCCUCCACUGCCCGUUAUUUGCACUACUGGAAGGGUUUUGUUUGCAGCCUCCAUCCCUCCUCCCCUCCCAAGGAACAGAAGCUGUUCUUUACCUGACUGCAGGAACAGCCAAGCUGCUCAGCUGGCACCUGAACUACUGCUGGCUAAAGUCUCCUACGGGAGUAGGAAAAGGAACAGUCUUAACAUGGGACACUAAUGAUCAGCUUUUUAAGUUAUGCACUUUGUUAAAAAAAAAAGUUAAAUACAUUUUAAAUGUUAUUUAAUGUCUUUUCCAGUAAAAGCCAAAAUAAAUAAGUAGAUGACUGUGGUA